AAUGCUUUACAAUUAUUAUUGCAGGUCAUAUUCAACCGACAUUAUUCUGGCAGUUCUGAUGCAGAUAUAGGGACUCUUUAUGCUAACAGAAAUGUCAUCAAUAGACGAAAUGUUKUUUCUGAUGUUMAUAGUGCCUGGGCGCCCUGCAAGGCCUUCAUGCUAAUAGAUCUCAAGGCACGUAUUAUUGCUGCAGCAAUGAAUUUGUUGGAUAUGAAGAAACUGGAAGAACAACMCAAAAAGUUUGUCAUUUCAGAAGAACUCAAAAAUGCACCUGAUYUUGUUAAACAACUGUACUUGCACAAACUAUGUAUCAAGUUAGUCGAUACAUUUAUAAUCGACCAGGAUCUUCAAAAAGAGCUUAUGAAUAAAGUUCUGUCAAAUCAAGAGCAGGAAGACAUAUUUGAUCACCAAAACCUUACAGCUGAUGGUAGGUUCAUGUGUAGGCAUGAAGGAUGCACAAAGUCAUUUAAAUAUAAUGGCAAAAGUAAAAAAAAGCAUGAGAUGACACACAACCAACUAAAGCCUACAGAAAUACCAGCUUUGUCAUCAAAGUAUCCUGAAAAGUCUGCUAAUAAGGAAGCUAAGUUACGCGAUGAUGCCUACAAUUACAACUGMUCAUUGUUAAACCAUGGACUAUUGUUCAUGAACUUUUUAGAUGCUACAUCUGAAGGGGAUGGUCCUAGACUUAUGCGAUGUUGGAAAUUCUUUCUGCUCCACUUCAAACAUGAGAAGUCAACAUACAAGUAUGCUUUAGAAGCUCUAUAUUUACAGUUUCAAGCACAAGCUUUACUUCCUCCAGCCCAAGCUUUUGACCUUAUUCACAAUCGAACAGUAAACAACAGAGGAGGAGCUGGUAGAAAUGUGUCGCUUGACCUAGAUUUGGAGCAUGAAAAUAACUACCUCAAGCAGAACAUAAAAGCUUUGGGACCAAAUGUUGCUCCUGCUCCUGUCAGAAGAAUAUGCCGAGCGCAAAAAGUAACACAAACUCUAUUAAGUAACAUUGACAAUGAGUGUAGCAUUGUAAGAAAAUCAGGAACACAUGUAACAUCAGAUAACAGCAAAGACCUCAAAGCAAUUAUUGAUGUAUUUGUCAAAGAAGAGGUGUGCACUUUUACACCUGGGAGGCAUUACUUGAGCUUCCCUGAGAUUAUGAGGGACCCACUAUCUGCAUUAGAURUGUCUGCUCUGUACAAAUGGAUAAACAUGCACAAAAAAAACAUUGAUUUGGGCAGGAAAGCCCGUUGAAUACUUUGUUGAUUAUUAUCUAUCUGCAUGCAUUUGCAACAAGUCUUAAACUGUCAUAAUUAUUAUAAUACAAUGUACAAAACACAAGAAAGAUCAAAUAGUGUGGCCAAUUUGAAUAAAUAGGAGAAAGUAAUACUAUAUAAUAGAUGCUUUCUAUAAAAGGGCCUACCCAAAUAUGUAUCUAGUAUGCAUUUUGCAAUAAAUCAAUUGAAAAUACCUUACAGUAAUAUUCAUAUUACAUUGUUUAUGUCAGUCCAUUUGAAUAUUGUCAAUCAUGCCUGCAACAGCAUCUGGGAUAUCAGGUAUCUGUUCAGCAGAAUAUUCCAAGAUGCUCAUGUCUUCUGGGAAAAGCCCACUAUAAGACAAUUCGUCCCAGUCUAACUCCAUUAGUUCUUCAUUUGGAAUGACGAUUUCCCACAUGUCUUUGUCAUCAACAUCAUCAUCAAAUUCUAAGUCAUCAUCAGAUAAUUCAUCUUCGUCACCAUCAUCCUGUCUUUCUUCAUCAAAUACUUCUCUGAUGAUCUUCAAUAUUGUUAUUGCAUGCCUUCUUUUCCAAAUUUCAACAUAUUUGUACAGAUCAGGUAAAUCAAAU